AUAAUUAGGGUUUAGGUCUCCGCCUCACAGCCACCUCUACCAGAAUCCAAAGGAUUGAAAAGAAAAGCUCCAGCUUCCGAAAAUGGUGAAGGGACGCCAAGGAGAGCGAGUCAGGCUUUAUGUAAGAGGAACUAUCUUGGGUUACAAGAGGUCGAAGUCAAACCAGUACCCGAACACUUCACUGAUCCAGAUCGAGGGAGUUAACACCAAGGAGGAAGUUGCUUGGUAUGCCGGCAAGCGAAUGGCCUAUAUCUACAAGGCUAAGGUGAAGAAGAAUGGCUCGCACUAUCGCUGCAUUUGGGGCAAGGUAGCCAGGCCUCAUGGUAACAGCGGUGUUGUUCGUGCUAAGUUCAAGUCUAACCUUCCCCCCAAAUCUAUGGGAGAUAGAGUUAGAGUCUUCAUGUACCCCAGCAACAUUUGAGUUGUCUCUAGAUGCUUAUCGCCAUUCGGUUGACAGAUCCAAGUGACUCUCGCCUUCCUAAACUUUGUCAAAAUUUCGUAUGUUGUUUCUUCUCUUUACUACGGUAGAUGAAACUCUGCUUUUGUCUGAAUAUUUCUUUUAUCUCGGAUUUUUAUACAUUUUUGUUUCUUGACUUUGAAGUUUUGGUUAGUCAAUUAUUCAUGGAACUGAACAGCAAGUUUUGAACUUCAUGGAGAUUGCAUAUUAUUAUAAUUUGUUAGCUUU